GUUCGCCCAGCGCGGGCUUGGCCCAGCCUCCCCUCCCUUCAGCGUCGGGCGGUCGUGAGGCCCUGGUCUCCUCUUGGGGGGUGACCCUUCUGCCGUGGGUGCCUGCAGAUUGUGGCGUGGGCUGCGGAAGUGCUGAGAGCCGGUCCUGCCGUAGGAGCGAUGGCCGCAGGGGAGCACCCGGCCGUGCUGGACUCCGGGAGUCCGCGCAAGCCGUGGCGACUGCCCGCCGACGGACACCCCGCACCGGGCUGCUACCUGAGGUAAAUUUUUCCAUAACCUUAUGGAGAAAAAGGACUUUGAAGCAUGGCUUGAUAACAUUUCUAUUGCAUUUCUUUCUCUGACGGACUUGCAGAAAAAUGAAAUUCUGGAUCACCUGAUUAGCUUGAGUGGAGCAGUCCAGCUCAGGCACCUCUCCAAUAAUCUAGAGAUUCUACUCAAGAGGGACUUCCUCAAACUUCUUCCAUUGGAACUUAGUUUUUAUCUGUUAAAAUGGCUUGAUCCGCAGACCUUACUCACAUGUUGCCUCGUCUCUAAGCAGUGGAACAAGGUUAUAAGUGCCUGUACAGAGGUGUGGCAAACUGCCUGUAAGAAUUUGGGUUGGCAGAUAGAUGACUCUGUUCAGGAUCCUCUACAUUGGAAGAAGAUUUACCUAAAAGCUAUUUUAAGGAUGAAGCAACUGAAGGACCACGAAGCCUUUGAGACAUCCUCUUUAAUUGGACACAGUGCCAGAGUAUAUGCACUUUACUAUAAAGAUGGACUUCUGUGUACAGGAUCAGAUGACUUGUCUGCAAAACUGUGGGAUGUAAGCACAGGUCAGUGCAUAUAUGGUAUCCAGACACACACUUGUGCUGCAGUGAAGUUUGAUGAACAAAAGCUUGUAACAGGAUCUUUCGAUAACACAGUAGCCUGUUGGGAAUGGAGCUCUGGGGCAAAGACACAGCAUUUCAGAGGACAUACUGGUGCAGUUUUUAGUGUGGAUUACAAUGAUGAACUUGAUAUUCUGGUCAGUGGCUCUGCAGACUUCACUGUGAAAGUGUGGGCCUUAUCAACAGGAACGUGCCUGAAUACCCUUACUGGACACACAGAAUGGGUCACUAAGGUCGUUUUGCAGAAAUGCAAAGUCAAAUCUCUUAUGCAUAGUCCUGGGGAUUAUAUUCUCCUAAGUGCAGAUAAGUAUGAAAUCAAGAUUUGGCCUAUUGGAAGGGAAAUAAACUGCAAAUGCUUAAGAACAUUGUCUGUUUCUGAAGACCGCAGCAUCUCCCUACAGCCUAGGCUGCACUUUGAUGGUAAAUACAUAGUGUGCAGUUCAGCACUAGGAUUAUACCAGUGGGACUUUGCCAGCUAUGAUAUUCUCAGGGUUAUCAAACCUCCAGACUUCUCAAAUGUAUCGUUGCUGGGCUUUGGAGAGAUAUUUGCUCUACUGUUUGACAACAGAUACCUGUACAUAAUGGACUUGAGGACAGAAAAACUGAUAAGCCGCUGGCCUUUACCAGAAUAUAGAAAGUCAAAGAGAGGUUCAAGUUUCUUGGCUGGUGAAAUGUCUUGGUUAAAUGGACUAAAUGGCCAAAAUGAUACAGGCUUGGUUUUUGCCACCAGUAUGCCAGACCAUAGUAUCCAUUUGGUGUUAUGGAAAGAACAUGGCUGAAAAGCUCACACAUACAGAAUCUUCAGGAAUUUAUGGCUUAUCAGCAGUGUGUCCAUAAAAUGAGACUUUGCAUGAACCAAAGUUGCACAUCCAAUGGUAUCAUCAUGCAAUGCACAAUCAUUUAUUUUUAUUUGGGCAUUUGGGGAUGGGUUGUUUUGGAAAUAAUGCAAUGCAGCAUGCUAACAGUAUCCACCACAAAAUUUUGUCUAUAUUCAUGUUUAAAUAUACCUGUUUGGACUCUGAAGUAUAGCUUGUAAUGUUUAAACCGUUCAAAUCUGCUACCAAGUCUGAAAUCAAGUUGUGCUUGACCU